GUGUCGGGCAUCCCCAGUGGGUGAGGUCCUUCUGCGGCCUCCCGGCGACGCUGGUAGGAGCGAUCUGGCACCAAGAUGGCGGCGGCCGCGGAGAAAACGGCCCUGGGGCGGUGCUGGUUCUGGCUGCUGGUGGGGCUGCAGGCGAUAAGCACCUAUGGAGCACAGUUGUCAUCAGAAGCUUGCAGAGAGCUGGGCUUCUCCAGUAACUUGCUCUGCAGUUCUUGCAGCCUUCUUGGGCAGUUCAAUCUGAAUCAGUUGGACCCAUUCUGCAGGCAGUGCUGCCAAGAAGAAGCUCAGUUGGAAACUAGAAAGCUUUAUGCAGGAGCUGUCCUAGAGGUAUGUGGAUGAAAACUGGGAAGGUUCCCCCAAGUCCAGGCUUUUGUCAGGAGUGACAAGCCAAAACUCUUUAGGGGACUGCAAAUCAAGUAUGUGCGUGGUUCUGACCCUGUACUGAAGCUGCUCGAUGACAGCGGGAACAUCGCAGAAGAACUAAGCAUCCUCAAGUGGAAUACAGAUAGCGUGGAAGAAUUUCUAAGUGAAAAAUUAGAGCGUCUAUAAAUCACUGCUUUCAGCCCCCUUCCCUUUUCCUGCCUUGUCAUGGUAAUUGUCUCAGAUGAAAUGUGCUACCACUGAAAACACAUUCCAGCUUUAGAUUCACUUUAAAAUAUCUGUUGAGCUGUGCUAAACAUCUUGUAAUUAAGAGGGGAGGCUUCAGCACCCAUCUGACAAGUUGACAAACAUAAUAGCUUGUCUUCAUGUAUUUCAGCUCUGAAUGCAUUUUUAUCACGAGCAAAAUGCUUUGUUUCAAAGUUAAUUAUGCAAUUAUCAGUUUGUUAUAAUUGGACCUGUUCUUCCAAAUGCUUUUUAAAACUGAAGAGCCUCAAAUAACUGAAAUGAUUACCAUGUUUUUUGUCUGCUGCUGUUUGUAAGAAAGUCAGAACCAAAUGCCAUGUACUAUCUUCCAAAGAAACUUGACUGCUAAUCCCCUCUUCUUCUUUGAACUGUCCUUUCUCUAGAAGCACUGUUUACAGCGAGUAUCUAGUUCAGAGAGUUUGUAGCUUAUGGAGGAACUCAUGCUCUCAUACUGUGAAACACUUAGUAAGUACACUUUAGUGAAGACUACAUAGAAAACCUCUGAGGUGUAUGGAAGUCUGAUGUCAGGUGUGCUUUACAUGAAGUGUUUUGCUUCAGAAAACAUGAGGUGUCUUAAAUACCUUUUCUUCUAACUUCUACAAGUUUAUUGGAAGUCUGUUUAUCAAAUGAAUUUAUAAACUGUCUUUUAAAAAUGUGUAUUUUUCUUUCUCAGUUGAAAUUUAGGUGAACAUGGAAUAUAAACAGUUCUAUACAGCAAUGAGUCAAAUCCAUUAUGACUUGUCUGGGUUUUAUCUACAUAGGGUGAAUAAAUAUGAUAAGCAAGAA